AUGGGUUUUCAUACCUUGAAAAACGCAGAGUCGCUGAGGGUUGACCCAAGCAAGACGAUAAUUGGGGGUGGCAGUGCCGGCGCCAACGUGGCGGCGGUCAUCUCCCGUCUGGUCCGUGACGAGGGGCUGGACAACAUCAAGGGACAGUUGCUCAACAUUCCCGUGACCUGCCACCCCGACCACCAUCCACAGGAGUUAGGGUGCAGGUCCUAUGAGGAGAAUGCAGACGCCCCCAUCGUCAGCGCCCACAGGAUGCGCUGGUUCUGGGCCAACUACCUUCCCAGGGGCGGCGAAGAGGACCCUCGAGCCAGCCCCCUCCUGGCUACAGAUCUCCGAGGGCUUCCUCCAGCACUUAUUCAGGUGGCGGGAAUGGACCCCCUUAGAGACGAGGGUAUUGCGUAUGCUGAAGCUCUCAAGGCUAACGAUGUCGACGUCACCCUCAAGAUCUACCCUGGCUUGCCCCACGCCUUUUAUACGUACCCGGAGAUGCGUUCCACGAUCGAGUACCAGGAGACCAUGGUAGAUUGGUUUGGCAGGAUCCUGAGCAGGGAGAAGUAG